AUGUCUGCGAGAGAGAAGGGGACCCUGACCAAAGACAGUGUCAGCCUGCUGCCCUGUUUCUAUUUUGUAGAGCUGCCGAUCCUGGUGUCGUCCGUGGUCAGUCUGUACUUCCUGGAGUGGACGGAUGUGUUCAAGCCGGCAAAGUCAGGCUUCAGCUGCCACGACCGCAGCCUGAGCCUUCCCUACAUCGACCCCAACCAUGAGGUCAUCCCCCUCCUGAUGCUGCUCAGCCUGGCCUUCGCCGGACCCGCCAUCACGAUAAUGAUCGGAGAGGCCAUCCUGUUCUGCUGUCUGUCUCGGAGGAAGAGUGGCGCCGGCGCCGAGGCCAACAUCAACGCCGCCGGCUGCAACUUCAACUCCUUCAUACGCAGAGCGGUCCGCUUCGUCGGCGUUCAUGCUUUCGGUCUGUGUGCCACGGCCCUCAUCACCGACGUCCUCCAGCUGAUGACAGGCUACCCGACGCCCUACUUCCUCACUGUGUGUAAGCCCAACUACACUGCGCUCAACGUCAGCUGUGAGCAGAACCCCUACGUCAUGGAGGACAUCUGCUCGGGGGCCGACUCCGCGGCCGUCAUGCAGGGCAGAAAAUCCUUCCCGUCGCAGCACGCUACCCUCGCAUCCUUCGCCGCUGUCUAUGUUUCGAUGUACUUCAACAGCACUUUGACCGACUCGUCCAAGCUGCUCAAGCCCCUGCUGGUCUUCUCCUUCGUCAUCUGUGCCAUCAUUUGUGGUCUGACCCGUAUUAUUCAGUACAAGAACCACGCCAUCGACGUCUACCUGGGCUUCCUCCUCGGAGGAUCUAUCGCUGUCUACCUGGGGUUGUAUGCAGUGGGAAACUUUCAGCCUAGUGAGGAGGCCAGUGCCAGUCCCCCUCCAAUAAUACACCGCCCUCCUUGCUCCUUGCCCCACAUCAGCCAGGAGGCCGUACUCCACCACCUGCAGAUGAAAGCCAGCAUGGCUGGAGAGCCUGGCAUACACACCUCCCACUCUGAGGGCCUCCUCCACCGAGGCCUUCAGCAGCAGAGGUCUGAUGACAGUCUGAAGCGUUCUAGUGCCGAUGUGGAAGUGAUCUCUCCCCGCAGCCCCCAGAGUAAAGAUGCCUUUGUGACCUUUAGCCACACCCUUCCUCGGGUCCACACACCCCAGGCCAUGGCGGCGUAUGAGGAAGCAGCAAGGCGUCACGCCGCCACCCUCCACCAUGCCUCCAUGGACUCCAGCCGCUCAAAGCAGCUUCUGUCUCAAUGGAAAAGUAAGAACAACCACAAAUGCUCCCUGCAGGUCCCAGACUCCUUCUCCGCCUCCGUAGAUUCCUCAUCCGGCCAGUCCUCCCAUCAUCCGCACCACCACGGCAGUAUGGAGCUCCGAUCCAGCUCCGACCCAUCGGCUAUGGGCCUGAAUGGAGGCUUUGAUGCUCAUGCAUACAUGUCCAAACUGGCUACGGGGGCUAGCACCACCCUGCCCAGUAACUGUAGCGGCAUCACCGGAGGGGCCAGGAUAUCCAUGCAAUCUAGACCUGGGUCUUCACAGCUCGUCCACAUACCAGAAGAGGCUCAUGAGAAUUACAGCACCUCAUCCCCUAGGAUGGGGGGAGAGGGAGGAAGUGAAGGGGUGACAACGAUAAAUACCACAGUUCAGGCAAACUGGCAAAGGGCAGCGGAGAAGACAACAGCCUGCAGGACUAAUGAAAACGGGCAGAACACCCAGCCACGAAUCAUGCAAGUGAUUGCAAUGUCCAAGCAGCAGGGCCUACUACAGACCCAUUCCAAGAGCUUAGAUGAGAGCGGCAUCGUCUGCGGCACCCCUGGGAGUUGCCAGGGCUCUGCCCGCUACAGAGUUCUAACUGAUCAAGACCCCAACACAAUCGUCAGAGUAGAGGCCCACCCUGAACACAGGCCAGUGAUCCAAGCUCCAUCUACAGAUGGAAGCGGAUCAUGGAGGUGGCGGUCGCUGGAUCACGGAUGUGGGAGCUUGAGGCAGUCCUUUGACCACAACGAUCUAAACAGAGACUCAGAAAGCUCAGACUCGAUUCGUGAUGGGUCCAUUGACAGAAAGCGCGGGAAUCACAUCACAGAGCACAGGCUCCACCCCCAGGGCCUCUCUACCAUAAGGGUCACUCCGGGGGAUGGUGGGGAGAGCACUUCGGAAACCCCCUCCGUCGCGUCCAGUCGGGAAUCCACGCUGCGGAGAAAAGGCAAUAAUGUCAUCCUGAUUCCAGAGAGAGCCAACAGCCCCGAUAACGCACGGAACAUUUUCUACAAGGGAACGUCGAUAACUCCUGUUUUCAAGGAAUGA